AUGGAAGGUUCAUAUAAAGAAAAAUACUCGUUUAUAGGCGAAUGGUAUGACAACCAAGCUAGUCUAGUGCGCCGAUUUAAUAUAUUUUACUACCCAACUGAUGAUACUAUUGAGAUGUAUGACUUAAAGAAUCGAAAGACAUUCCUAAGACGGGUUAAAGUGAAUGGAAUAACUUUGGAUAAUUUCUUUAUUGGAAGUACUCUUUAUAUAUUAGGAAGAUUGGUUAAAAUAACUGAUUUUGCCUGUGAGCACACCAAAGAAAGAUUACACAAGGAUAUGGAAGUAACAUUUGCUAUGAUUAAACCUGUGCCAACUAAAAUAGCAGGAAAGAUUAUUACACAUUUCUUUGAGCACAAUCUUAAAAUAACUAAAAUGAAGAAGGCUCUGCUAACUGCAGACGAUGUUAAUUAUCUCUACAGAACCCAGGUGUCUGAUCCUACUUUUCCGUUUCUCUUGGAAUACUUAACUGGUCAAUUAGUCUAUGGCAUGGAACUGGUUGGUAAAGAUGCAGUUGCUAUUUCUAAAGAGCUCCUCGGUGAUAGAGACCCAGCUAAGGCGAAGCCAGGUACAAUCAGAGCUCUUUAUGGCACAGAUCCUGUAAAGAACUGUGUGCAUGUCUCAGGAUCUCCCAGUGACGCUGUUAAGGAUGUGGAAUACUUCUUCCCGCCAGCCCACAUGCCCACCUCAAGGCUGCGUUUGACAGCCACACUGUCUAAUUGCACUCUCUGUAUUGUGAAACCGCACGCAAUCCGCGAAGGCAAACUAGGAGCCGCAUUAGAGGCUAUAGAUGAAGGCGGGUUCGAUGUAACAGCAUUGAAUAUGUUUAUUGUGGAAAAUAUCAACGCAGCUGAGUUUUACGAAGUCUAUAAGGGCAUUGUGCAGGAAUAUAAGGGAAUGGUGGAAGAGCUCGCAAGUGGCCCCUGUAUCGCUAUGGAAAUUGUUGCCAAAGACAAAAAUGUGAACACAGCUGUAGACUUCAGAAAACUAGUUGGACCCUCGGACCCGGAAAUUGCAAGGCUUCUUCGACCACACACGUUACGAGCAAAACUCGGGAACACGAAGGUUCAAAACGCAGUACACUGCAGCGACUUAGCCGAAGAUGGUUUAUUAGAAGUGGAAUAUUUCUUUAAGAUUCUAGAUUUAUAA